CAGAACAAGCACAACACUCUGUUUGGAUACAGCAAUUUGUGAGGCCUCUGAUUCUUUCUACUGCGCAGCAUAGGAAAAUUUUCUGUUUGUAAGUUCAAUGGCAGGAUCAAGAGUAACACACACAACAGUGACACCCUUAACUGUAGUAAUAUUGAGCGUGGUGGCCCUCAUGGCUGCUAUGGGAAAUCAGGGUGUGAUGGCGCAGUCAGGCUGUACCAGUGCCCUUGUGAGUUUAUCGCCAUGUCUGAAUUAUAUCUCGGGAAAUCAAACUACCCCUUCUCAGGGGUGCUGUAGUGCCCUUGCUACAGUAGUGAAGAAUAAUCCGUCUUGUCUGUGCCAGCUGCUGACUGGUAACAAUCAGUUGGGAAUUGCCAUUAAUCAGACUCGAGCUCUGGCUCUGCCCGGAGAAUGCAAGGUCACCACGCCGCCUGUGAGCCAAUGCCAGGGUUCAGGGGCUCCUACAACUUCCCCUUCUCCCACAGUUUCAGGGGUCCCUACUACUUCCCCCUCUGCCAGUGGUUCGGGCACUCCAACUAUGGAGACACCCCCGAGUUCGAAUCCCACCGAAAACAAUUCAGCUUGUAACAUAUUUGCGUUCCCUGUGUUUAAGGUCGUAGCAGCGGUGGUAUUAGCUGUAGUUGUGAUGUGAUGAAAUAUAUGCGUGUUUGAGGCAGGGAAUCAUGACCAGAUAUUAAGAAGCGUGGUCUAUUAUUCCUCCUCCUAUGCUUUUAAAAAAUUCUUUGUACCUGAUUCCCCUACUUUUGUAACUGAAGCGAAAAAGCAUUUUUUAUUAAUAAGCUCUUUGGAGAUAAACUAGACUGUUUUUACUGAA